UACACACUGACACAAAGUGAGAGACAGAGAGCCAAUUGCUGCACCAUACUGCUCUGACAAAAAGAGGAAUUACUUCGGAGCCAUUGCUCACUAUUUUCCAAUUUCAUUUUAACUUUAACUCUUGUUUAUGUCAGUGGGAUAGGCAGAAGGCCAUUCAGUGUUCGCUACCUUCAGAAUGCUUUUCUGGUUGCUCUAGACAGACCCCACCCUUGGGUAUUUUUUCUGCCAACUGUUUUUUUUUCUCUCUCAGUUUUGUCGUAUUUCAGAUCUGACAGAUCCUCCACCAUGAACAUGGAACGUGGCAAAUAAAAACAGUUUUGCUGAGGUUAGUGAUAAAAAUCAAACUUUUUUUAAUGCAAAUAUGUAGUUUUACUGAUCUGUAUCAUACAUUACUAUGGAAAUUAUUGGGAUUAAAACAACUAAAAGAUGGGUGUAGAUGCUUUGGAUUGAGCCACAAAAGAAAGAAAAAGAGUGCGGACCAGAACGGAAAGGAACCCUUAUAUAUUAGCACCUCUUAUUCUGUGAAAGUUUAUAAAAUUUCUUCAGCUGUGUUGCAUGGUGAGCUGUCUGCCUUGAAGCUCUUCCUGUGUUGAAGGGUGUGGUGCAAAGCAGUGUGCGUGCGCAUGCGGCAAGUCUCUGGAGAGGCAGGAGAGUGCCCAUCAGUCUUCUGAGUCUGCCCACUGUCCGCUGUUGCACCAUGACCACUGCAGUCCAGCCCAAUGAGCUUGUCUUUGAAUUUGCCAGCAACGGAAUGGAUGAAAUCAGCCAGCUCGAUGACCCAUCUGUGUUUCCAGCUGUGAUUGUGGAGCAAGUGCCUGCUGCUGACCUCAUGCAGGUGUACUCAGGGCUAGAGGCUGAUGAAGUCACCAACGGCAUCAUGGUGGACACCAUGCAGGAUGAAGUGGAGGAGAACAUUAUGGUGGGAGAUGUAGGGCUGUCUGAGACUCCAGUCUCUGGAGGAGAAGAUAAUGUAGAGACCAUUGAGGCAGCUGAGGCCUUGUUGAAUAUGGAGUCUCCCAACAACAUCCUGGACGAGAAACGUAUGAUUCACACCUAUGGAGCUCUGCUGGAACCAGACCUGACCUACAUAUCUUUGCGGCCAGAGCAACUUUCUUCUGACUGCAUGGAUGUCUCUCUGGAUGAAGAAACUUCUUCUAUGGACGAGGUCCCUCAAAAGAGUCCAUCCAAACUGCCUAGGAAAAAUAAAGUGCGCAAACCUAAAAUGGUGCGUCCUUGUUCCCCUAUCACCAAUCCUUCUCUCCCUCUGAAAAAAAAAAGUAAAGAAGGAAAAGGUAACACAAUUUACCUCUGGGAGUUUUUGCUGGCUUUGCUGCAAGACAAAAACACCUGUCCUAAAUACAUCAAGUGGACGCAGAGAGAGAAGGGUAUCUUUAAACUUGUGGACUCCAAGGCUGUGUCCAAGCUGUGGGGAAAGCACAAAAACAAGCCUGAUAUGAACUAUGAGACCAUGGGAAGGGCCCUUAGGUAUUACUACCAGAGGGGCAUUCUGGCCAAAGUUGAAGGUCAGAGACUUGUGUACCAGUUUAAAGAGAUGCCCACUGAUCUGGUGGUCAUUGAUGAAGAUGAUGGGCAGUGUGGAGACUCCAGCCAUGGUUAUAGCAACCAGCGCUCCAACUGCCAGAGUCGUGUCAUGAGUCGUGGAGCAUCGCGUGCCCAGGGCAAAGGGUCAGGCUACAUGCAAACCAAGGCAGUGAAGAAGGAGCCAGGUGCCAGUGUGCUUUACCAGAAUGCCAAAUGCAAACAAAGUGAACAGUUGCUGCAGACUGUUCAUGUACUGCAGCCAAACCUGGGAGCUGCUGUUCCAGCUCCUACACACCCAUUGAGAGCCAUUAAUAUGCCUGCCACUGUUCCCAUGGUGCUUACUUCUGGAUCACAAGGAGGAGCACCAGUCACACUGCAAACGGUGCCUCUAUCCUCUGUCCUGGCGAACAGUGACCCUCUGAAUGGCCUGACCCGUGUGGUUACACUCAAUUCCAAUGGGCAUCCCAUGGUAGCACAGCAGCCUGGUACUGUCAUUGCUACUGUGCUGAAGCCUGGAGAGUUUCAGAACCUACAGGUAAAGGAGGAGAUCCUUGAGACACAGUUCCUGCAGUCCAUGGUCAAUGGCAAUCCAUUCUGUAGGGAGGAAGCAGAUGAAGGGUCACCUGAGCUUGGCCAAAGGACCGUGAUUGUUGGUGUUGCUGGCCAGAGCAUGUACCAGCUUGUUAAUGGACACUCAAACACAGGGGCAGAGCUGGCAAGCAGCCCCAGUGAGGGUCUAACUCCAGUGGAAGAGCUGGAGGUGAAGAGCGAAAUUGCUGGAGCUAAAGACUUGCUAGAGCGCCCGCAAGUAGCUGUUCCCGUGCAAAUACCAACUUCCCAGUUCAUCCAUGUGAAAACAGAGCUAUGUGACACCUAAAUAUUUACCAACAUCAGGACCACAGAUUUCUGCUUAAAUAAUUCCGUGAAAGUGAUCCAAAGACCAUUUUUUUACUUACAAUAUUAUUUUGGACCUAAAUAUGAAUAUUAAGGAAAAGUUAAAUAAAGCCCAACUGGCCUGGCUCUGUGGUAUCAACUUCAAUCCAAUAUACCAUCCUGUAAUCAGAGACCAGACAUUUACAUGAAUUGUUUUACCAGUUUUUUAUUAUGUGCCUUAUUAUUAUUAUUAUUAUUAUUAUUAUAGGAUGCACCUGCGAUUCCUACAGCCAAACAGCACAUUGAAGUUUUGACAGACCACUGCUUUGGAAAGAAAAAACCCAACAGUUAGUAGGAUCAAGAAUCUUUUCAGUUAGGAGGAGUGAAGUGUUUGCCUGAGGUUUACUGGCAUCCAGACCGAAAGAAUGCCUUUGUAAAUAGCACAAAUGGAUUGAUUAUAAUAAUAAUGAUAAUUUUUAUACCUUAAAUAAGGUACAAGUAAUGUUGUUGUGGACUAACAGACUUUGCCUGAAAACCAAAUGGCUGACACACCAGGUUAUUUUCAAAUCAUAUUACGAAGAUUCUCUAAGGAAUUUUGUGCUGUUAUGGAAAUAGGCAUUCCCUGUCAUAAGAUAUUAAAUUUAAUUAUAGAUACCUCUAUAUAUUUACCCAAUAUAGAGACAGUACAAUGACAAGUGAUUUUGUUUAUGGCCACACAUUUAUUUAUUUGAAUUCAUGUCUGUAUAAGAGGUGUAAUUGUUUUAAGAUUUGUAAGAAAUAUUGGGAACAUGAAAAAAAGGCAUAUAUGUAUAUGUACGUUCUAUUACAAGUUGUAUAUUUCAGUUCAAUGCAUUCCACAUACUCAGCACCUCUUUUAUAUUUUAUACAUUUUUCUUUAAUGGAACUAUCCUUAUGUAUAUGGAGCUUUGUGUUCGUUCUCUGCCUUGGUAUCUACUGUGAUUUUUCAAGCCUUUAUAUUUACUUAUUUGUUUAAGUUUCUACUCUUAAGCUGACUUACUCGUACUCCAUUACAGUGAGGCAAAAUAAAAUAGUCUUGUUUAAA